UUUUUCACACGAUUUCUCAGCUCCGCCAAACGGAACUAAAAAGUCCUGUUAUCUUUUAAAUUAUAAUUGCAUUUAUACUUUAAACAAUGGGAGUUGAUAUAGAAACCCUUUCUCCUGGCAAUGGUUCUACGUACCCUAAACCUGGUCAGACAGUAGUAGUUCAUUACACAGGCACGUUGCAGAAUGGGAAGAAGUUUGACUCCUCAAGGGAUCGUGGACAGCCCUUCAAAUUCACUCUGGGGAAGGGUGAUGUUAUCAAGGGUUGGGACCAAGGACUCGCUAAGAUGUCUGUAGGAGAAAGGGCUAGACUGACAUGCUCCCCUGACUUCGCUUACGGCUCGAGAGGCCACCCCGGAGUCAUCCCUCCCAAUUCUACUCUAAUCUUUGACGUUGAACUUCUACGUGUGGAAUAACUUAAUCUCUUGCCAUAAUUUGUAUGUUUAUAUCGUUGUUAUGUUUACAUAUUUUUCUCAUAGAGUAUGAGCACUUACAUUGUAUUGUUCACAUCAGUAUUUAGUAUUAUUGUAAUUUAGACAAUUGGAUUAAUUGGUAAUGCUUAUUUAUAAAUUUUAAGGUAAUUGUUGACAAAAUACACUGAAGUGUCUUAUAGGCUGUCUCCUCCUGAUAAAAUAUUUUAGUUGGAGUGCUUUAAUGCAUUAUUAUGUAUUUUUACAUGAAACAUAGGUGUACGAAGUUAAAUGCAUUUGGAGAAUAAUCUUGCCUUUUCUAGAAUAAGUGUUCUCAGAAAAUUCUUAUAUUGGUUAUUUAUCUGAUGAUGAAGAAAUAUUAUAUUACUAUUAUUAUACAUGCAUUUAUGCUAAUGCUACAAAUUUUAUAGUUGUGAUUACACAAAUAAUAUAACUAGAUUUGUUACUUUUGGG